AUGAUGAUAGCCUGUGAAACCCUCCUACCCCGGCUGCAAGUUGCCCGAGGUAGCCGGCUGUUAGUUUCAAACCUACCAUUUAGACCUACGCAGCCCCGGAUGCCAAUUAGAACCUUCGGUCAUCCUAUACAACGAUGCAAUUUUUCCGUUUCCAAGUCACAGCAGACAUCAACAGAUCAGACUAUGGCGUCUCAAAAGACCCCAAAAUCCAAGUCUACGCCCGCUGAGCCUCGGCCCAGUUCCAGCGUAAUCAUCAUCUCUCCACAUAAUGAGGUCCUUCUUCUCCACCGCGUCAAGACAUCAACGUCAUACCCAUCAGCACAUGUCUUUCCGGGAGGGAACCUCUCCACCCAGGACGGGCCAUGCCCACCGGUACAUGAUAUCUCCCGACACGAUGACGGACCCUGGUAUCGAAAUGCUGCCAUCCGAGAACUAUUCGAGGAAAGCGGCAUUCUCCUGGCCAAGGACCGUGACUCAGGCAAGAUGAUCGCUGUGCCACAGGAGCAGCGCGAAGCCGGUCGUCGCGCGAUUCAUCAGAAUAAGAUGACAUUUGUGCAAUGGUUAAAGGAGCAGCAUCCCGCAGCAGUACCAGAUACGGAAGGACUGAUACCAUUUACGCGCUGGCUCACACCCAUCAGACUUCCGAGACGGUAUACGACCCAGAUGUACCUGUAUUUCUUACCCUUGCCGAUGGAGAUCGAGAAGCCCGUUCUGGAUGAGAUCCCACAUGAGGGUGAAAAAGAGGAGAUUCAGGUUCCGACGAGUGAUGGCGGAGUGGAGAUUUCCGAGGCGAGGUUCUUGCCUGCGUCAGAAUGGGUUCGUAUGGCGCAGAAGGGCGAGGCUAUCUUGUUUCCGCCCCAGUUCAUGCUGCUUCAUUUGAUGGCGGAGUUUCUUAAUCAGGGAACACCGGGUAUGGAGUCUGUUGAGGAGUUGAAGAGGCAGCGAGAGGAAUUGUUGCAGUUCAUUCAUUCGGGGCAGCCGCCGUGGACGGACAAGUGUAUUUGUCCGAAGGCGCUGCAGAUUGGGUCUGAUGGCCGGACUGUGAUGAAGUUGGAUCAUCCUGGACCGGAGCUGGAAGGUACUGGUCGACAAGGGGAUACGGAGCGGGUUGUACAGCUAAAGUUCAUCAAGGGGGUUCCUCGAGAGGUUGUGGUGCGGUGGAAGAAGGAUGUAUUUGAGGAGAGCCGUUUGUAG